GAGCCCCGGGCCGGGCCUGGUGAGGCCGCCGCGCCGCCGCUGAGGCGGGCCCCGCGCAGCCCGGCGGCGCAGGUGAGGCCGGCCGCGCCAUGGUGGACCCGGUGGGCUUCGCCGAGGCGUGGAAGGCGCAGUUCCCGGACUCGGAGCCGCCGCGCAUGGAGCUGCGCUCGGUGGGCGACAUCGAGCAGGAGCUGGAGCGCUGCAAGGCCUCCAUCCGGCGCCUGGAGCAGGAGGUGAACCAGGAGCGCUUCCGCAUGAUCUACCUGCAGACGCUGCUGGCCAAGGAGAAGAAGAGCUACGACCGGCAGCGCUGGGGCUUCCGGCGCGCCGCGCAGCCCCCCGACGGCGCCGCCGAGCCCCGCGCGCCCGCGCCGCGCCCGCUGCCCGCGCCCGCCGACGGUGCCGACCCGCCGCCAGCCGAGGAGCCCGAGGUCCGGCCCGACGGAGAGGGCUCCCCGGGCAAGGCCAGGCCCGCCGUCGCCCGCAGACCCGGGGCCCCCGCGCCUGCGGACCGGGACGACCGGGGCCCCCCCACUAGCGUGGCGGCGCUCAGGUCCAACUUCGAGAGGAUCCGCAAGGGCCACGGCCAGACCGGGGCAGCGGAGCCCGAGAAGCCCUUCUACGUGAACGUCGAGUUUCACCACGAGCGCGGCCUGGUGAAGGUCAACGACAAAGAGGUGUCGGACCGGAUCAGCUCCCUGGGCAGCCAGGCCAUGCAGAUGGAGCGCAAGAAGUCCCAGCACGGCGCCGGGCCGGGCCUGGGGGACGCGCCCAGACCCUCUUACCGGGGGCGCUCCUCGGAGAGCAGCAGCUGCGGCCUCGACGGUGAUUACGAAGACGCCGAGCUGAACCCCCGCUUCCUGAAGGACAACCUGAUCAACGCCAAUGGCGGCAGCAGGCCCCCCUGGCCGCCCCUGGAGUACCAGCCCUACCAGAGCAUCUACGUCGGGGGCAUGAUGGUGGAAGGGGAGGGCAAGGGUCCGCUCCUGCGCAGCCAGAGCACAUCGGAGCAGGAGAAGCGCCUCACCUGGCCGCGCAGGUCCUGCUCCCCUCGGAGCUUCGAAGACAGCGGAGGCGGCUACACCCCGGACUGCAGCUCCAACGAGAACCUCACUUCCAGCGAGGAGGACUUCUCCUCCGGCCAGUCCAGCCGCGUGUCCCCGAGCCCCACAACCUACCGCAUGUUCCGGGACAAGAGCCGCUCGCCCUCGCAGAACUCGCAGCAGUCCCUGGACAGCAGCAGUCCCCCCACGCCGCAGUGUCAGAAGCGCCACCGGCAGGGCCAGGUCGUGGUGUCGGAAGCCACCAUCGUGGGCGUCCGCAAGACUGGGCAGAUCUGGCCCAGCGAUGGGGACAGCUUGUCGGGCAGGCUGCCUCAGGAUGGCGCCUUCCAUGGAGACACAGAUGCGUCAUUCGGAACGUCCCCCGGGUACGGCUGCGCGGCGGACCGGGCCGAGGAGCAGCGCCGGCACCAGGAGGGGCUGCCGUACAUCGAUGACUCGCCUUCCUCCUCGCCCCACCUCAGCAGCAAGGGCAGGGGCAGCCGGGAUGCGCUGGCCUCAGGAGCCCUGGAGUCCACCAAAGCAGGUGAGCUGGACUUGGAAAAGGGCUUGGAGAUGAGGAAAUGGGUCCUGUCUGGAAUCCUGGCUAGCGAGGAGACUUACCUGAGCCACCUGGAGGCACUGCUGCUGCCCAUGAAGCCUUUGAAGGCCGCUGCCACCACCUCUCAGCCGGUGCUGACGAGCCAGCAGAUCGAGACCAUCUUCUUCAAAGUGCCUGAGCUCUAUGAGAUCCACAAGGAGUUCUACGACGGGCUCUUCCCGCGCGUGCAGCAGUGGAGCCACCAGCAGCGGGUGGGCGACCUCUUCCAGAAGCUGGCCAGCCAGCUGGGUGUGUACCGGGCCUUUGUGGACAACUAUGGAGUUGCCAUGGAAACGGCUGAGAAGUGCUGUCAGGCCAACGCUCAGUUUGCAGAAAUCUCUGAGAACUUGAGAGCCAGAAGCAACAAGGAUGCCAAGGACCAGACGACCAAGAACUCUUUAGAAACCCUGCUCUACAAGCCUGUGGACCGGGUGACGCGCAGCACACUGGUCCUGCAUGACCUGCUGAAGCACACUCCUUGCAGCCACCCCGACCACCCGCUGCUGCAAGAUGCCCUCCGCAUCUCGCAGAACUUCCUGUCCAGCAUCAACGAGGAGAUCACACCCCGCCGGCAGUCCAUGACGGUGAAGAAGGGAGAGCACCGGCAGCUGCUGAAGGACAGCUUCAUGGUGGAGCUGGUGGAGGGGGCCCGCAAGCUGCGCCACGUCUUCCUGUUCACCGACCUGCUUCUCUGCACCAAGCUCAAGAAGCAGAGCGGAGGCAAAACCCAGCAGUACGACUGCAAGUGGUACAUCCCGCUCACGGAUCUCAGUUUCCAGACGGUGGACGAGUCGGAGGCAGCGCCCAACAUCCCGCUGGUGCUGGAUGAGGAGCUGGAGGCCAUGAAGAUCAAGAUCUCGCAGAUCAAGAGUGACAUCCAGAGAGAGAAGAGAGCGAACAAGGGCAGCAAGGCCAUCGAGAGGCUGAAGAAGAAGCUGUCGGAGCAGGAGUCACUGCUCCUGCUCAUGUCUCCCAGCAUGGCCUUCAGGGUGCACAGCCGUAACGGCAAGAGUUACACAUUCCUGAUUUCAUCCGACUACGAGCGCGCCGAGUGGAGGGAGAACAUCCGGGAGCAGCAGAAGAAGUGUUUCAAAAGCUUCUCCCUGACAUCCGUGGAGCUGCAGAUGCUAACCAACUCGUGUGUCAAACUUCAGACUGUCCACUGCAUUCCGCUGACCAUCAACAAAGAAGAUGACGAAUCUCCGGGGCUCUGCGGCUUCCUGAAUGUUAUCGUCCACUCCGCCACCGGCUUUAAGCAGAGUUCAAACCUGUACUGCACCCUGGAGGUGGAUUCCUUUGGGUAUUUCGUGAAUAAAGCCAAGACACGCGUCUACAGGGACACAGCUGAGCCAAACUGGAACGAGGAGUUUGAGAUCGAGCUGGAAGGCUCCCAGACCUUGAGGAUACUGUGCUACGAAAAGUGUUACAACAAAACGAAGAUUGCCAAGGAGGACGGCGAGACCACAGACAGGAUCAUGGGCAAGGGCCAGGUCCAGCUGGACCCCCAGGCCCUGCAGGACAGAGACUGGCAGCGGACCGUCAUCGCCAUGAACGGGAUCGAAGUGAAACUCUCAGUCAAGUUCACCAGCAGGGAGUUCAGCUUGAAGAGAAUGCCCUCCCGAAAACAGACAGGGGUCUUUGGAGUCAAGAUUGCCGUGGUCACCAAGAGGGAGAGGUCCAAGGUGCCCUACAUUGUGCGCCAGUGCGUGGAGGAGAUCGAGCGCCGGGGCAUGGAGGAGGUGGGCAUCUACCGCGUGUCCGGAGUGGCCACGGACAUCCAGGCGCUGAAGGCGGCCUUUGACGUCAAUAACAAGGACGUGUCGGUGAUGAUGAGCGAGAUGGAUGUCAACGCCAUCGCCGGGACACUGAAGCUCUACUUCCGCGAGCUGCCCGAGCCCCUCUUCACCGACGAGUUCUACCCCAACUUUGCCGAGGGAAUCGACACAGGCCUGGGAGCUCCAUCUGACCACUCUUGGAGAGGCCUCCAGCUCGUGGUUGUGACCACAAGAAGUAAGAGUUGCUCCCCUCCUUCUGCAGCUCUUUCAGACCCGGUUGCAAAGGAGAGCUGCAUGCUUAACUUGCUGCUGUCACUCCCCGAGGCCAACCUGCUGACCUUCCUCUUCCUUCUAGACCACCUAAAAAGGGUGGCUGAAAAGGAGACGGUGAACAAGAUGUCCCUGCACAACCUCGCCACGGUCUUUGGCCCCACGCUCCUCCGGCCCUCGGAGAAGGAAAGCAAGCUCCCGGCCAACCCCAGCCAGCCCAUCUCCAUGACCGACAGCUGGUCCCUGGAGGUCAUGUCCCAGGUCCAGGUGUUGCUGUAUUUUCUGCAACUGGAGGCCAUCCCUGCCCCAGACAGCAAGAGACAGAGCAUCCUAUUCUCCACUGAAGUCUAGAGGUCCAACUCCAUCUCCGAGAGGCCGGCGGAACAGCCUGGAAACCUCCUGGUGAAACGGGCCAUCCGAAGAGUGGGAACCGAAUCUUCUUAAGGAGUAACUGGGCCACCCCCAAGGGCCAGGCCGUCUGCCACGAGACAGCCACCCCUGGCGGAAGGCCGAGUGGCCUGGGCGGUUCUGGGCCCCCCAGCCGGUGAGCUCCCAGCUGGCCUCAGACUGGUUUUCCAUGCUGCCACCAGAGGGCGCCCCAAGCCAGCACGUCUGAGAGCGCAAGCCUGGCCUGGGCCAGGCGGAGGGAGUGGUUGUUACGAACUUAACUUAUCAGAGUUUAAAAGAUUUCUACUGGAUCACUCAUCAAGAUACACCCUUUCCAGGGAGACGGGAACACGACCAAAUUCCCUCACUGUUGUGUCUUGAAUAAACACUGCUGCUGCUUCAUACCAUAGGGGCCACGCCCCGUCCCUGUGUGGGUGGGGGCAUUUCCAUUUCCCUGACUUAGAAAUUCGACUCCUGUUUGUAACGGGGUUUGGGAAGCUAAGUCAGCACUGUGUAGCGUUUGACCCCUUUCACCUCCUUUCUUCUCUUUUUUUUCUAAAAGGAUCUCUGUGUAGAAAUGGGUCGUCUUCUUUUCUGUCCUGUUGCUUUGUUUUUGCUGUUCACGUGCCCCUGGGAAGACAGCUCCCCAGGGAGCGGUGUAACUUCCUAUACCACACCCCAGGGGGAGGGAGGCCCAGGCUGCGCACUUUAUGGCUUGUUCUCUGGGAGAGUGACCCAGUCCACCUUCCCGACCAACCGCCGGGCACACGCUCUCCUCUUUGGCUUAAAAAGAAAGGCCUUGAUCUCUGUCUUCCUCCAGCCUGCCGCCCUCGCUGCCCACACUCUCCCUGCCCCUUCUCGUCCCGGAGACAAGAUUGCUUUAUUCCCUUGCUCUCUGCUGAACAGACUCAGAAAACUUUUGUAAAAGUUUCCUCUCGGCGGCAGCUUGCUGACGGCUUGUUUUAAACUUUGAUCAGAAUAGCCUUUUGAUACUUGAAUAUUUUUAAGUUUUAUACAUAGUUUCUAAUUUUUUUCCUAACAGAUUCAGAUACCUAAUAAGAUAAUAGAAUGUACUCUGGGGACAGUCUGCGUCCCAGCAGCAUUUGUCUUCCUCCAAGCGCCGGCGCUGCUUUCUUCGGGAGCCCUCUCUGAAGCCUCCGGAGCAUUGGCAGUGUGGGCAGUUAGGAACAGGGGCUGCUCCCCAGGCCAGGCUGAGGGUGGGGGCGCCCAUCCCGGAGCAGGUGGGAGGACAGACCCGCCUGCCGUCCCUGCUCUCCAUGUGCCCGUGCAGAAGCCAGGACGUUCUUGGUAACCGUCCUGACUGUCCGACUUAGAGGAAAGAGAACUGGGGAGGCCACUAAGUAUUUUGAAGAAACAAAUCUAAACAAUUGCAUCACUUUUUUUAAAAAGAGGAGUUGGGGCGAGGAGAAAAGAAAAAGUAAACUGAGAGGGCCAAAGUUUCCAUGUUGGGCUUGCAGGAAGAGAGGAUGUUGCUAAUGGAGGAGGGAGUGAUGGCGUGACUCAGGAAAAGGUGUUUGCUUGUCUUGGGAUUAUACCAGUAGCCGGUGGCCUGGUGCCAUGAUCCUUCCCACAUCUCUGGGGCAGUAGGGGGUGGGAGGGCUUGCCCGGUGUGUCAAUGACAGCUCCUCCCCUUUGCUUGUGGACCUGCUGAGGCAGGCGACAGAAAGCGAAGUCAGUUGAAGAUUUUACGUCUGCAUACUGUAUUUAUUUAGCUGUACUUUUUGUUGCAAGGAGAGCAGACCCACCCUUUUAAAAGCAAAGCCGCUCUCCUGGGGGCCGAGGGCAGGGAGCAGCGUCCUCUGCCCACUGUACAUUUCUGGAUUCAGUGGGUUUCUCGGGCCUCUAGCUCCGGGCCUCCUCCGGCCUAGCUUCCCAUCCCUGUCCAUCUUAGCAACCCUCCCGCCCUGCAGAGGGAACCACUUUGCUUAGAAAAGCUAAGCCCAGCCUCAUUUCUGUUUCCCCUGGUGUCUCAAGAUUUGCGUCUGUUGCAUUGAAACUGGAAAGCAAUAUAUCAAUGUCUGUGCCAAUUUUUGUUCCCUCCCACACCCCUCCCAUUUUUACUUUUUAUUUAUAUAGAAUGUGUGCUGUUUCAUGAUGGAAUGACCACUCUUCCUUGUGUAGCUGUAAAAGCGCCCUUUGCUGGGCCACAGUGGUGGCCGUCACUUGGAUCCCCGGCUGCCUCUGUCGUCCCAUCUCACACACAGGCCUGUGGGUUGGCAAAGCCAGCAUGAGGCGAGUGAAGGCCUGGAGCCCAGAGAUGACCUUCCGUGCAGCUCAGCUGCUGGACUCUGCCACAAGAAAUGAUGCUUUCCUGCCCUGGGUCCUGGGUCUGCAGCAGUGAGCUUGGCUCCCUCAGACAGCAGCCCAGCCUUCCGUUGGUGGGUGGCUGGUCUCUCAGGGCUGCAUUCCUGCUUUUGGGCUCAACCAUCUAUAUGCCACCUGGGGGAAAGGACUGCUGACACUUCAUUAAAGUUACCUGAGACAACUUGG